GAUGUCGAACAACAUCGACGGCGAUGUCUGUGGGAGGUUUCUCCAGUGUUUUCAUCGCUAUUACCGUGUGAUAUGUUCAAUUUGCUUCUUAGGAUAGGAACGGCAAUAUUUAGGGACCAAAUGUCAGGGUCGCAGGCUUUCUAUGCCGUCAGGAACGGGCGGAACCCGGGUGUUUACCGGACAUGGGAUGAGUGUCGGGACCAGGUUAACAAGUUCUCCAAUGCAAAGUACAAGAAGUUCAGAACCCAGGAGGAAGCCUGGCAAUUUAUAUCAGGAUCUCCUGCCACAUCCACGUACAAACAUGCCUCUGGCUCUGCACCAUCCUCAUCUUCCUACACAAGUACAAGCAGGCAUUCAGGUAACGGAGGUUCCUACAGGACCCAGGAAGAAGCCUGGUCACCAGGGUAUCCAUCUCCCUCCACAUCCUCGUACAGACAUGCCCCUGCAGCUUCUCCAUCUUCCUACACAGGCAGGCACUCAGGCUUCCAGGCCAGACCAUCACCUUACAUGCGAAAGAGAUCAUUGUCACCCGCCGCCUCUGUACAAGCAGCCUCCAUUGACCUUGAACACCAGAGGGCAAAGAGAACAAAACUUCUGGACUCCAAUUUCAACACAACAGAGAGUAUCAGUGGCUUCACAUAUAAAGAUGGAGCAGCGGUGGUGUAUACAGAUGGUUGCUGCACAGAUAAUGGCUUCCAUGGUGCUAGUGCAGGAAUAGGUGUCUACUGGGGACCUGGGCAUGAAAAAAAUAUGAGUGCCAAAUUACCUGGAAGACAGACAAACAACAGAGCAGAGAUCCACGCUGCACGUUAUGCCAUUGAGUCUGCUAAAGAGAUGGGCCUGGCAAAGGUCAGUCUGCACACAGACAGCCAGUUCCUGAUCAAUGGUAUAACAAAAUGGAUUCACGGCUGGAAGAAAAAUGGUUGGAAGUUGUCCACAGGGAAACCUGUCCAGAACAAGGAAGACUUCCAGAGCCUGGACUCAGCAUUGCAGGGUAUAGAUGUGCAGUGGGUUCAUGUGCGAGGACAUGUAGGUGUCCCGGGGAACGAAGCUGCAGACGGACUGGCUAAGGAAGGAUCACGGAAACCUCUAGAAGAUGUGAGAGCGCUGCGCAAUUGAGAUCUCACUACAAGGACUGUAUUUACCAUGCUUUGAGAUAUCAUUAAGUUAUUUCUUCUUUGUUGCAAUAUUUGUUUAUACUACUCACUACGGACUGACAAGACUUAGAAACUUGGUUUAUAAUAAAAGUUGAGCACUGAGCAGUAUUUCUUGUUCUUGGUGGUGGAUUUUUUCAUUGAUGUGUGAUUAAACACAGGCAUUGUGAUAGAUAAAACAAUAAAAUCAGAUUUUAUAUAUGUACUUAUAUAUGUACUUGUCUUUAAUAAAAAGCAAUGGCAGACACAUUUUUAAAAACCUUUCAAUUUGGCCAAAAUUGUGAUUCCGAGACCCAAUUAAUUAAACUGCUGUGGCCUUAAAAAAUAUUUGACUCAUUGUAAGCAAACUGUGGUUUGGUAAGCUUUUAUUCCAGUAACCACUUGACGAAUACCAUAUCUUUCUAACCAUUAGCCCCAGCAAUUCCCAUUCUGUAUAAAACUACACCUUUCUGGUAGUCAGACAGUUAGAGUGAUGUGGUUUCCUACACAACUUCACCUAACAGCAAAGCCCAUAGGGCAAAUAACCAAGGCCUGAUACAAUUUGAUAAUAAUGGCUGAAGAAAGUCUUCAAUCUCAAGAGUGAACAACCAGAUCUUGCAUGCAGUGAGUGCCCUAUACACUAAUACAGUGAUUUGAGCAAAGAGAAAUUGUAAAAUAAAAGCAGAUGCUUUCCUAGUAGAUGUUCUUUUAUUCUCUUGUGCAACUGCCAGAACACACUGCAAAAUUAAGAAAUCAGACUAACAUGUGGCACUCAGCACUAAAAUAGAUCCUGUGUAUUAUAUAUUCUGGUUCAAGCACUAAUUUGAUAGAGCAAAACCAAAGAUGUGUAUUUGGACACUAAAACCACUGGCUUGCAACACUUGAUUCAAAUUAUUGACAAAGCAUUUUAGUAUAUGCAGACUAACUACUACAUGGCUGUUGAAAAGAGCACACAUGCACAAA